CUUGAAAAAAUCGUAGGAACUUCAAGUAUGCCCUUGCAAGUUACUUUUGAAGAAAUAUUUAAUUUUGAAAAGAUCAUAAAUGUAGAUAGCUUUAUUCUUAACAAUAGAAUUGUAUAUUUGCUUCGAAUCCCUAUAAUUAGUCCUAACUUAUUUGAAUAUUAUCAUCUUUAUUCUUUACCGAUAAGGCAUCAGAGUCUGUUUAGGGUUGUAAUACCGCGAAGUAAAUAUUUAAUAAAAAAUCAAUGGCACUACAUUCAUCGAGAGGACCCAUGCAAAGAAGUUAAACCUGGAACCUUCCUUUGCGAUAAAGAUGACCUGAAAGAUCUCGGAGUCCAUAAUUCUUGCGCAGUAGGCUUACUUGAAACCCCAAAAAUUAUCAACUCCACCUUAUGCCCACAAGUUGAUAUUAGUCUCACAAAAUCAAUAGUCAAUCAACUGGAUCAAUCAUUUGAUUGGAUCGUUGUACUCCCUCAAGAAGAAAUGGUGCAGUUGAGUUGUCACCAACAGAAGGAAGUUCGAAGACUAUCUGGAAGCUUUCUGUUAAACCUACCCAGCAGAUGCAACUUCAAAGUCGCUCACCUAUCAAUCACUAAUUUCCAAAAAGUAAUCGACGUGGACAAACAACCAAUAAUAUUUCCAGAUUUCCAGUCUGUUUCUACAGAAGUGCCCAUCCUUAACUUGAGUCUUCAUUUACAAGAUAUCAAGCUGGAUGAACUACAAAGUUUUCGAAACCGGAUCGAAUCCAUUCCUGAUUAUUCAUCGUAUCCAGAGUUUUCCAGAACACCAAGCCUAUGGACCGUGUUCAUAUAUGUACUAAUUGCUAUUUUUUGUACAUAUUUAUUAUUUAUCUACAGAACCAAGAUUUAUUGCCUAAAGAAGAAAGAAGAAGAAGCCAUCAGUUCCAGCCCUCCAAUUCAACUACCCUUUUGAAGUGGUAGUUCUGUCUAACAAGGGAGGAGUUACCUCUAUGGAAAGCCCUUAGCUCAGCAUAUCAGAUUGCAUGUUUAUAUAUUCUUUGUUUACCCAUUGUUUAGUCAGUCAGUUGAAUACGUUAGAAGUAGUUUAAGCUCUAAUGUAAUAUUAUUUGUAAAAUAAAUUUUUUAAAAAGGAAAAUCUUCGAGCUAGUGAGUUAAUUCACGCUCAGACGCAGUUCCCACGCUUUCGCUAAAUUAGGUGAUCUUUUUAGUUUUAGAUGCUUAGAAUUAUGCAGUGGGUUUAGAAAAUAUUUUUUUAUGGGGCUAUGUAAUAUACAGGCCAAAUCAGCUAAAUGAUUAGCAUAAUUGCAUUCAAGUAUUCGACUUAGGUCAAUGUUAUUUUUAUGAAAAGCUUUAUAUAAUGACAGAUUGCUAUUAUAUACAACACUGCAACUUGGUCCAAAAUAAGGGCUUGUCAUAACGAGGAAAGUAGUGUUUUUACAGGGAAUGAUAAAAUCGUUAAUAAUAGAUGUAAAAGAAUAUGUUCCGUUCAACCACAAGAUCACCAAAUCGCUCUUGGUAAAAUUGGAAGCAAGAACUGAAGCAGUUAGUACCAAAUCACGAGUCAAGCAACCAGGUUUUAGAAAAUAUUGAAUAUUGUACACAUGUCCCAUUUUGUUACGUAAAAGCUUAAGAAACAAUCUAUUACAUUUUCCAGCUACAAACAGAAGCUUUGGACGAAAAUCAUCAUGUUUACUGAUCUUAGUCUGACUCUCUCCUGACAUUCCCGGAGUCAGUGACUGUUGAUAUCACCUGCUGAGUUUUCAAAAGCUCAAUUUCCAAAAGGUGGCUUUCUUUUUCUGCUUCUAAAACUCUUAUAGAAGUCACCAUUUCUUCAUUAAUAGAAGAAUACUCAUCAACAUCUCUUUGUAGCAAAGAAAUUUGAUGUUUAUAUGCAAGACUCUCGUUUUCUAUAGCGUGAGUGUUGGUAAUUAGGUCCUUAUUUAAAUCCGUUAAUUUGUCUAUUUUGAGUGAAGGAUCCAUUUUUUCCUGUACCAGAGACUUUACCAACAAAUUCAGAUCAUGUUCCUUAGUCUUAAAAUUGUCAAUCUCGUAACUAAGUUAGUCAUUUUUUUUAUUGAGAAUAUUAAGUUUCCGCUAGAAAUACUUCAUCCUCAAAAACCAGACUAUUUCUACGAAUUCUCUCUAAGUGUCUAUCCUUUUCCCUAAGUUCCUCCAUCAUACUCUCAAUUUUCUGUUCAUAGGCCCUACUUUGACCUUUUUCUUCAUUAAAAGUUGUCUAACAUCUUUCCGUACACAAAAUUUUAUAGCCUCGCAACCUUAUAACCUCAGAUUAUCGCUCGAGGCAUAAUACUGAAAUGUCAACAGAAAUAAAAAUAAUAACAAUACAUGCCUUAGAUAGUCCAUAAAAAUUUAGUUCAGUUUUUAUCUAGUGAAUAAUGUUAAAAAUGCCUAGUGGAUCCCAGGUGCGAGAAUAACAAUGGAAAUACCAUCAAUUGUUAGCAGAACUGGGCAGAGCAGCCGUUUAAAAGUUGGAGUGGAAUUUCUUUAUUUGAGGCUCCCUGUAUUGAGAAACACUCCUCUCGUUUUCGUAGUUAUCUCCAAAACAAAAUUUCCCAUAUGAUAUAACAUUUACUAUGAGCGGGCUACUUUAAACCAUAAAAAUGUGACCAAAUAGUAGAGCCUUAGAAACAUACGUCUAGUAUGUGAACUUUUUUUUUUAUGAAAAGUGUAUUUGGUGAAUGUUUGUAGAUAAUUGUUAGUUUACCACAUUUAUUUUGAUUUAUUGCUUAUAAUUAUGUAUCUUCAAUUUAGUCGGUUGGGUUUGGGUACUUUCUUUAGUUCUUUAAAUAAUGAUAAGCAAAAUAGUUUAUCUUCAUCGUCUUCUUCUGUUUCCAUAGGUCUUUUUUGGUUAAUGCUUUUUUCUAUUAUUAUGGCAAAGUGUUCGUCGACUGGAUAAGGUUUAUAUUUCUUUGUAGUAGGUGUAUUCUCUCCCGGAGGUCUGAAGUUGCUGUCACUGUUAUAGAUAAUAUUUCAUGCAUAUUUCAUGGGUUAUAUUAUAGUAGAAAAUUAUGAACAAAUUGCGUUUAAUAUAAGUCCUGAACCUAUUUUGUAAACUUCUUUACUCGGUAAAUGAGAUGUAUAAAUCCCAGUAACUAUUGCUCUAACACGAGACAGUGACUUAUUGACUUUAUCGGGUGAAAUUCGGAUCAAGAGAAAUCCAAAUAAGAGCCGUUCAUAAAUAUACCUUCUUCUACUUCGUUAAAAAUUUUUUAUAAAAUAAGUUGAAUAUCAAAAGCGAGAGGUCCCUAUCUAACGCCACGUUGAACUUUCACCUGUUCUGUUCGAUGGCCAUCAUGCUUAAGAUUUUUAAGCUGUCUGAUUCCAGUAGAGAUUUAAAGUUAAUCUGAUAUUUGUAUUGUCUAUCUCUUCCGGAAUAUUUUGCAUUUUAUGCAAAACUAUGAAAUAAAUAAAAAUUAAACAUUGGAUUGCUUCUAUGAGAGAAUCUGGAAAAAAUAUAAAAAUUUCUGUUAGGAGUUCCUUAAGAAUAAAAGUAAAGCAGGAAAAACAGCCGUCACAUUGCAUAUCGAUUACUUAGAACCAUUUGUCAAAGGCGUCAAGAAAAAUUCUUCAAUGCCUAUUGGGCGGGUCUUACUAACUUCCAGCAACUGGCAUACUUGUUGAAAUACUUGUUCUUUCCUUGGUCUAAAUGUAUCUUUCUGUAAUCGGCAAAUCCAGUUCUAGAACACCAGUUCAGCUUCUUGCUACUUCUUGGUUUGAAAUCGAAUAAACCUCGGGGAACUUCAGAACACAAAUAUUCCAUAGCAAUAAGAGCAUAUUGAGUUCCGGAGCAUCAUAUAGAAAAAGGUCUCACUAUAUCAUUAUAGGUUCGUUCAACCGGCGCAACAGCAGAAUAGUGCAUUUUUUUCUUCUAGUUUGAGCUUCGGUCCAGUAAAACCUUUCUUGUAAUUUUUCCAAGGAGUGACUCCAAAAUAACCUCCGCCAACACCGCCAUAAAUAGUUUAAGAAGACCGUUUUCAAGGACUGUCAGAAAUGUCUUCUUUUGCAUCGACAUUCUCUUAGACUAUUUUUAACCAUCCAUCUUGCAUAAGCAACAAAUUCCAAUGAUCCCAGUAAGUUUUUAGUUUUUCAGAUUUUAUAGACAUAUUUCUUUUCUUUUUCUAUUCUGAUUAUGACAUUUCUAGAGGCUUUAUAAACCAAAGCCUAGAAAAGCCAAAAUAAGGCCAGAUACUGGGUCAUCAUAGUGAUCUUGAUUUAUACUAGCUGCGUCUCAAUUUUCAGAGCUCUUAAUGCCAAUACGAUGUCAAGGAAAAAUCUCUGGGCUUGUUUAAAUUUCUCUUUAAGGCAUUGUUGAUAUCGUAUUUUAAUAAAAGAAUUAUUCAUCGGAGAUAAAAAUAUUCAUAGUCACCAAAUAGUUUUUUCUGGAAUAUUACUAAAACAAGCUAUUAAAGUCCAGUUCAGAGAUCUAUUAGAAUCUUUGAUGUAUCGCAGAUGCCGCACUAACUAGUCCGUGCGCCUAUGUCGUAUUUAUUAACGCAUGAUAUAUAUAUGUAUAUGUUUAAAUGGCAAAAUUUUAUAUAGUUUAUCUAUGAAAUCAUUUUAGAUAUACGUAAAACCGCAUGUUUUACACUAUUUUUUAUUUUUCUUGCGAAAAUGUCCAUUUUUAGAAAGAAAAUAAUACCUAUCACAAGAAAAUAAUAUCAAAAAAAUUACCGCGGACUAAAAUCCAAGCAUUUUACAAAUUAUUUUAAACACUUCCAGCACUCACAGACUUCUCACCUCUUUUGAGCCAGUCUAUUAAACAAAGAUAAAACACCUGCGUUCUGACGAUUCCUACUUCAGGCUGUGCAAGUGAUUGUGUAUCUCUCUCUAUCCCACUGAUUUUAAGGAUUACGGGGCAGUAACCAAAUACAUUUUUGGGCUGUUUUUGUAUUACUUUCGUCGUUUUUUAAAGAGAUCUUUAAGGUUGGGUCUAUCGCCUUUAAAAUAGUUGUUGGAUGGGUCUAUCACCUUUAAUAGUUGGGCGGGGGGGCCAUGUGAGGUUAUUAUUUGAUGGGUUUUGCCGGUUUGGCUUUUUACACGUUUAUAAAAGUGAAGAAUUUGGCCUGUAUUCGUCUAAAUUCUUUGCAGUUUUUACUGUGAGGAAGUAUGUUUUUUUUUAUUUGUGUUUGUGGAUUUGUUUCAGGUAUUAUACCUAAGACCUUAAAAUGUUUGGACCCUGGGAAAAUAGGCAGUAAAAUUGGGCAAAUGAAGAGGAAAGUGUUUGUGGGGUCUUAUGGAGACUGUGGGUGCACAAGAAAGACAAUAACAUUUGUGAUGAAAAUAAUAAGAGUGAUCUGGACAGUGAUUUAGACUCACAUAGCUCUCAUAGUUCAUUGUCUAGUGUUGAGAAAGCAAAAAGAAGCAAGAGAAGUAGAAGCUACAGGGGAAAGUCAAGUAGUUUUAAAACGUAAUUGUUUAAAUACAGACGACAAACAAAUUUAUCUAGUUGUCUAUAACAAUGUAAGGAAUUGUCCUCAGUUCACAAAUGAUUGUAGUGCUUUGCAAAAAACAGCGUUUUUAACAGGAAUUCUCUAUAGUACAAUAUGCUAUUUUGUAAAAAAAGGUAUUAAUGACAGAAGAAAAAGGAAAUGCAGGACAAUCAAAGGGACUUAACACGGAUAUUGCCAAAUUGCUAAGGGAAGUUGUGUAUUCUAAAUACAAAAACAAUGAGGUUCUGACCAUAGAGAUGGUUAAGGACACUUUAUCGGCAAGGGACAAAUAUUUCUCAAUCUCAGACUUGCGGAGAUACCUAAUAAAACUUGGAUUUAAGCUAAAGAUGGUUAACAAAAGAGCUGCUGUAAUGAAAUUGUCAGGUGGGGUAUAGAGUAUUUGCAGAAAAUUAAAAAAAUUUGGGAGGAAAAAAGAUCCAUAUAUUAUUUAGCUGAAACAUAGUAUGAUACAUUUAUGAUUGAUGUAUGAUUUACAUUCUCUGGGAAAAAGUCCCUUUUUACCAUAGUAAGAAAAUCAUAUUUUUAUUAAUUAAUUAAACAAGUUUAAAGUUUUGUUUUUUUAGCUGUUGUCCUUCAGCGACACAAUAAAGACUGCCUCUUUCUCCAUUCUCUGGGAAAAAAUUCAUGUUUUUGCCACUUACUGCCCCUGUUUGUCCUUCGGCGUCAUAAAGUCUACCCCUUCCUCCAUUCUCUGGGGAAAAAACCCUUUUUUGCUAUGGUAAGAAAAACAGUCUUUUUAUUAAGAAAACAAGUUUAAAAUUUUGGUUUUUACCAUUUUUUUGUCCAUGAUUUGUCUUACAGAGACACUAUAAAACCAGUUUAAUUAUUUUUUUUACAGUUAUUGGUAUUGCCACACUUGUCCUGUACCAGAAAGGCAAGACUACUUCUUUCAUAAUUCACUGAAUGAAAAAAGCCUAUUUUACAUUUGAGUUGUAAUUAUUAAAAAAAAAAUAUUGUAAAUUUAUUAUUACUAAUUAAAUUUAAAAAUUAUUUCUGCUACUCAUGUAUACUUUUUAAAUCUGUUUUAGUAUCCAUAUGCCGAGAUGAAGUUGGAAUCCAUAGCCGCAACAAAGAAACUGUUUCCUUUCUAAAUGAAAGAAACUGCUAAAGAAAAAAGACAAAAAAAAAAACAGAGUUUAGAAAAUUGUAUUAACUCUUUGGGCCAGAUUCAAAUGAGUGGUAAAUUUAUAAAAGUAUUUAGUAUCCUCGCUGUAAUUUUACGAUCCAAUAUACUUAAAAUGUAGUGUUUUGUAUAAGAUUUUUAGUUUUUAGUUUAUAGUUUAUACAAAAUAGUUUAUAUAACAUAACAAACAUAAAUGCUUAUGCAUUUAUGUUUAGUAAUCUUUAUCUAAUCUGUUCUAUUAUGCACAAUAACUAAA